CCCUGGCAUUUAAAGGGCCCGUCCCCGCAGCUGGCACCAGCGCAGCCCCCGCGACCCCGACAUGUGGCUGUCCCGGAGCUGCCCGGCCGCGGCCGCUGCCCGGCGGGCCCUGCCCCUGCGACCCUACUGCACCCGCCGCGCCCAGCGCCAGGGGCUGCUCUUCCGGCAGCUCUUUGAGCCCGUGAGCUGCACCUACACCUACCUGCUCGCGGACCUGAAGACCAAGGAGGCGGUUCUGAUCGACCCGGUUCUGGAGACGGCCAAGCGGGAUGCGGAGCUGGUGAGGGAGCUGGGCCUCAACUUACUGUAUGCAGCCAACACCCACUGCCACGCCGACCAUAUCACGGGCACCGGGCUGCUGAAAAAGAUACUGCCCGGCUGCCGCAGCGUGAUCUCCCGGGACAGCGGGGCCUUGGCCGACAUCCUCAUCCGCGAGGGCCACGCCCUGGAAUUCGGGGCCUUCGCCCUGGAAGCCCGCUCCACCCCCGGACACACGGACGGCUGCCUGACCUAUGUGCUUAGUGACAGGACCAUGGCCUUCACCGGGGACGCGCUGCUGAUCCGGGGCUGCGGCCGCACCGACUUCCAGCAGGGCUCCUCGGAGACUCUGUACCGCUCCGUGCACGAGAAAAUCUUCACGCUCCCCGGAGAGUGUCUGAUCUACCCCGCCCACGACUACACGGGCCAGACGGUGUCCACAGUGGAUGAAGAGAGGACCCUGAACCCCCGACUGACCCAGAGCUGCGAGGCCUUUGUCCAGCUGAUGAACAACUUGAACCUUCCUCAACCCCAACAAAUUGAUUUUGCCGUCCCAGCGAACCUCAAGUGUGGGAUACAGGAUGCAGCGACUUAGCCCCACUCUGUUUCUCCAAUGCCACACCUCUCAUAUUAAGCCCCACCCACCUCAUCAUAGGCCACACCCUCCCAUUGACCCUUAUGAUGAUGGAAGGUCCUUUGGCCUGGGGCUGGCUGUCCCUGACUCUCACUCGGGUCCCCCCCCUUAAGCAAAAUCUGGGGCCUCCCUCUUUGGGGUCUUGAGUGGGAGGGCGCAUCCCUUAAGUGGGGAGGGGGUUAAUGAUCUUCAACCAUGGCAGCUUCCCUUCCCCCGCUGCAACGUCCCCACCAAUUCCUCUGACACCCGCAGUCUGGCAUUAGGGAGUUUGCACCUUCCUCUGCAUUCACUGUGGGGUGGGAGCGUCCUGUGAGCCUCUCCCGGGGAGCAAAGGCCCCCCCAGUUCCCUGAGCCUGGUGUGCAGACAGCGGGGAACCCCGGCAGCCGGCGUUGGGGUGUGAGAGUGGCCCCAGGCCCCCAUAGUCUGCAUUUGAAUGACAGAGUGCCUGGGCGGACCCUGCUCAGUUCUGUCAGACCCUGCUUCCCACCCACUCUGUUUGCACUAGCUGGACUAUCUCCGUCUCUGCUCCGUGGGGCGUCAGCCCCUCCGGACCUAGAGCUGGGAGCGGGGCUCCCCCACUCUGGGCUGGGAGAGGGGGGGCCCCUGUCUGUGAAUGUGGCUUAGUCUUGGGUGGGGGGGUUGGAAAUGAACCGCUGCUGCGAGAAUAAAGUUGUG